CCAUUAUUGAAAAACUAUGUUGGUGUAUCGCUCUGAUAAACAAAUGAACUCAAAUAAAAAGGAAUGGGGAAUUCGUUAAAAACUAAAGCAACUUACGAAGUUGACUAUUCUUCCGUUCCGCUGUCAACUGAAACAGAUUCGGAGGACGAUGUUCUGUAUGCAAGUAAUUCAAGCAAAGGGAACGUCAGUAUCAAAAGGGUGUCGUACAACCAACAAAAAAUUCAGUACUGCAGCAGACGAACUCGAGUGGGAAUACUUUGUCUGGUCAUUGUGGUCAUUGUCAUAGUGGUUGGUAUAGCCGGUAACCAGGGGUUUAACAAAACAUCAGCCCCUUCAGUACAAUCAGUCAAAGGAAUUAAUUCUUGGAAAAAGAAGUUGGAUGUCACAAUGGGAGAGGCUGAUGCAGCCAUCCGUUUAAUUGAUGUAGAUGGUGAUGGUCUAGAAGACAUUAUUAUAGCUGCAGGUCCCGAUUCAAAACCGUCUCCUCCAGAUAACAAGUACGACAUAGAGUGUAAAAAAAUAGGUUUAGAAGCACCAUGCUAUGGGAAUAUCUACGCAUUACGGGGCACCGAUGGUACUCUGUUAUGGAAUAUGAAAACGACGACGAUUGCUUUAUUCUUUAACUGCGUUGAUUUUGAUGUCAACCUUGACGGACAAUUAGACUGUAUUGCUAGUGGUCGCUUUGGUGUGCUCGUUGCAAUCAACAUAAAAAAUGGUUCAGUAAUUUGGUCAGCCGACAGGAAGAUCAUUAAUACACAAUGGAAUGUUUUCCAUGUUGCAAAAAUACAAGACAUUGACGAUGAUGGCGUACCGGAAAUGGUCGUUGCAAAUGGUGGGGAUACUACAUUGAGACCUCAGGAACAUAACCGAACCUCUGGUCGACUUGUAAUGUUGUCUGGUAGGACCGGGAAGAUGGUGGGUCACCGUUUCCUGAAUAUCCCUGACAAUAAGGAAACUUAUAUGUCACCUAUAGUAUACAGAACUACAGACGGUUCUCGGUACAUCUUGUUUGGUAGUGGUGGAGAAACUAUAUCGGGUAACUUGAUGAUGAUUUCGUUACCAGAUUUCUAUACUUACAUCAGCAAUGGUUCAAAACCUGUUGAAUUUGAAGGGAAAUACAACCAAUGGAUACAAUAUAAAGGCAUGACAAAUAAAGACACUGGCAUAUUUACUUUGCAUCGCGGGAAUAAUAAAGGAGUAAUUGUACCACCUGUAGUAGCAGAUGUUAAUAAUGAUGGUUUCCACGAUAUCUUGAUGACAGCCUUUCAAGGUCAAAUGAUUUUAUACAGUGGUAAAGACUUGUCGCUUUUGUGGAGGAGAGAGUUUCCAAAUAUGGAAACAUACACAUCCCCAGCACCAGGUUAUUUCAACAACGAUAACAUUCUUGAUUUUAUGGUCCACUGGAGUCUUGGGGAAUGGCCACAGUAUAGCGAAACUAAGAUAUACAUAUUGAAUGGUAAAGAUGGUUCAACGUUAUGGGCACUAAAUGGAAAUCAGUUUGUUAUGUCGUCAGACCUCAGUAUCAGAACUUCAGAACAUCACAGAGACUUGUUUCUUUUUAAUACACUAGGCAGAGGUAGUCCAAUCAAACUGGAUCAGCAUCAAAAUAUACAGGGUAUUGAAAGGCUUGAUAAAAAACCACCAUCAUAUUUUAAAGAAGUAAACAACUUUUUGGAACAAUGUGUGAUUGCAGCGCACAAAGGUCAUUUAAGUACCGGGACGUCCCGUCAGACAGAUCUUUCAAAUGAUAAUGAUAAGAAACUUCCUUAUAACUCAAACCAACAAAAUCAAAGACAACAGGGAACAAAUAAAAGUAAUCGAGAUUUUCAGGGAAUGCAUAAUUAUGGAAAUGAUACAGAACAUUCGGAUUUUAUGCAACACCACAAUAACCCGAUAACGAACAAACAUCAAAAUUUCCUUGGAGACAUGAAUAGAAGAAGAAAGUUAAGAAAACGCAAAACAAGGCCACUGUCAAAGACGAAAAACAUUUCAUGUGAAUAUAACGAUGAAAUCAUGCAAGCAAUGUAUGAUAAUCGACAUUUCAUGUGUACGGACGAAGCUGAAUUGCGAGUGGAGGUGUUUAUACUUGAUAGAACAACAUUUAACAACCCAGUUCGACUUUUAAACCAUGGCCUAGAAGCCUUCAUGUAUAGUGUGCCAAAUGAAGUUGACACGUCAUUGCCGUCCAAAGACAUAUGUACUAUGUUAGUGUCUACAGUCCUUGCUACAGCGUCCAUAGGGGAUGUUGAUGGAGAUGGCAUAUUAGAUGUGAUCGCCAGGAUCGAUAAGGCUGGAGACAAAUUUAAUCGAAAAAAACGCAUGUUUUCCACAAUUAGUUCUAGCACUGUAGUAAAAAUUAGUUUGUAUGAUUAUUUAAGGAAAAGCAAAGCAAGAGUUAAUGUUGAUGCUGCACAUACAUUUAAGGAACAGCAUUUGGAGAAGAACUUGGUAGACGUAGAGUUAUUGCCAUCUGAUCGGCAGAUAUGGACAAGCUAUAUGGGGAAAAUGGGAAAUGGAUAUUAUGACAUGACGUAA